GGUAGAACUGGGUGUGAUAAUUCAGAUCCAGAACUUACCCGGCCAACUCUGUUUUGUAACUGUAUCCCUUGAUACGCCACGGCCGUCCAUAAUGUCCACCAAACAGAUCUACGACCACGUCACCGAGCGCUACAGCGCGGCGUCCCGGGGCACCGCACUCGAGUACGGAGCCUCUGUCGCCAAGGCGUUUGGGUACUCGGAGGAGGAGCUGGCGGACAUCCCAAGGGAGUCCAACCUGGGCCUCAGCUGCGGGAACCCCAUGGCGAUGGCCAGCAUACGGGAGGGAGAGACGGUAAUUGACCUCGGCAGCGGCGCCGGGUUCGACGUCUUCCUCGCCGCCAACAAGGUCGGCCCGAGCGGAAAGGUGAUCGGCGUCGACAUGAACGAGGACAUGCUCGCGCGGGCCAACGAGAUCAAGACCAAGCACAACAAGACCAACGUCAGCUUCGUCGACGCCCAGAUAACAGACAUGUCCGCCAUCCCCUCGGGCAGCGCCGACUGCAUCAUCUCCAACUGCGUCAUCAACCUGGUCCCCGAGGCGGACAAGCCCCUCGUCUUCAGGGAGAUGCACCGCCUGCUGCGGCCCGGCGGCCGCAUCGCCGUCUCCGACAUCGUGGCGCGCCGGCCGCUGCCCGAGCGGCUCAGGGCCAACAUGGCGCUGUACGUCGGGUGCGUCGCGGGCGCCAGCACCGUCGCGCAGUACGAGCGGUACCUGGCGGAGGCGGGCUUCGAGCCGGGGAGCGUGGUCAUCAGGGACGACGGGGCGGACUUGAAUGUCUACCUCGAGACGAACCCUGACGGGACGAGGACGGCUGGUGGGAUGGGCGGGAACCUGUGCUGUAACCCGAGUAUCCCCAGCGCCCCUGCUGCAUCUUCCUCCUGUUGCUCCAGCAAGCCUGUUGCGGAGAAGUCUGCCCCGGCAUCAUCCUCCUCUUGCUGCCCUGGAGAUAAGAAAUCCGCCCCGGCGGCCGCUGUGGCACCCGCCUCGUCGGGCUGCUCGGGAGGGAAGUCGAAAACGGACGCGGUCGUGGAGUCGGCUGCCGCGGCAGCAGCUGCGUCUUCUUCUGCGUCGUGCUGCGGAGAAGGAGGAGGAGUCAAAAAGCCGGAUCAGUCGUAUGCCUUCGACGAGAAGGACCUCGCGGACCUCGAGGGCGAGGACCUGAACGAGUGGGCUGGUAGGUUGAUCGGUCUCCCUGGCCCUCGGAAGUGGAAUGGGCAAUACUAACCUGCUGCCGUAGGAUCGUAUAAAAUCUAUGCCGUCAAGUCAUGACGGUCCUACGACUGGUUGCAGCAGAGCCGGGGCUCCAACGGCUUCGAACGGUUGAAGGCGCGGGUGGAGACUGACAGGAUGCGUGUUGCUGUGGCAUGCCGUGGGCUUUGACGAUGCCUUCCAGUUGACUUUGGAAUAGCAAUACCAAUAAGAAGUCAUCACAUCUAGUCAAGUCGGUGUGUGAGUGAAUGGCCAGAAGAGAGACUCAAAUCUGCUGAGCAGAAGACCUAUGAUGGCUGCCCAAGGGCAAUUCGUGCUGCCCCUGCACUGCUGGCUCGCAUACCGCGUGACUAGAGCAAACGGCCAGACGCAAUCAAGUCGCCCUUCCAGUC